AUAAUCCUUUACGUAAAGGUUACGUCAGAGUAGUUUUGACAAGCAUGAGGCGCAUACUCAGUGUGACUUUAUUAAGACAUUUUAGCCUGUUUGGUAGAAAUCACCCCUCUCGUAUCAGCCUGUCUAUUGGGGAACGGGGCGCUUUUGCACGAAAUUUUUGCAGCAAAACGAUAAGUGACGGCAGCACCAUGGAUCUGAGCAAUAUGAGGAAGAAAUAUAGAGGGGAGCAGGAGUGCUUUGAGGAGAGUCAACUUGGAUCUUUGGACCCCAUCAAGGAGUUUGGAAACUGGCUUGAUGAAGCAACAAAGUGCCCUGUGAUUGAAGAGGCCAAUGCUAUGUGCAUUGCCACAGCCUCCAAGGACGGACGUCCAUCUGCACGUGUGGUCCUCCUGAAAGGUUACAGCCAUGAAGGUUUCCGCUUCUUCACAAACUACGAGAGCAGAAAAGGCAAUGAGUUGGAGAGCAAUCCAUACGCAUGCCUGGUUUUUUACUGGGAGCCACUUAACAGACAGAUUCGUAUUGAGGGCUCAGUGGAGAGGAUCCCCUACCAGAACUCCUGUGAUUAUUUCCACUCCCGGCCUAAGAGCAGUCAGAUCGGGGCCGUUGUGAGCCAACAAAGUACACCAAUUCCUAACAGAGAUUAUUUGAGGCAGAAAAAUGCUGAACUGGAGGAAAAGUACAAGGACACAGAAGUACCAAUGCCAGAUUACUGGGGCGGCUACACGGUCAAGCCUCACUCAAUUGAGUUCUGGCAGGGUCAGACCAACAGACUCCAUGACCGCAUCGUUUUCACCAAGGUGAAGGACGGAGAGAAACGGGGGGAGUUCCAGCACGAAGCCGAGGGAGGCUGGGUGUACCAGCGACUUUCUCCAUAAGACCCACCUCCACAGAUGUUCCAUCCAGAACACCACGAACUUAAAAAGUAGCCAACAUCUGAAGGUACUGGUGGAAAACCAUUUGAAGUUUGUUAAAUCUGUGUCAACUGUGCCUGUAGAUUCUUUGACUUGAACCAUCUGAACCUGCGACCUGACUGUAACACGAAACUUCAUGUUUUAUUUUGGCUUUAAAAAGAAACAAGGAAAGUUUGCCUCCUCAGACACAAACGAGUCACAGCUGGUUGUUUCUUCAACUUCAGUGUCUUCACAUCUUAAAAAGAGCACAGUUGUCUUUCAAGUGCAAAUUCAGUUUAUGGGCUUUUGCUAAAGUAUUCACACCCCUCCAUGUCUUUCACAUUGUCUCCUGUUAAAUGUUUGGUGGAAUUCUUUAGGCCUUUAUAUGAUAGAGAAACCCAACAUAGUGCAUAUUGUGAAGUAAAUGUUUACUUUUCAAGUAAAAAUUUUAGAAAUGUUUUGUGCAUAUCUUUUCAGUCCCUGUUAAAGAUAACCAUAUCCACCAUCCUUUUUUCAGCAUUGCCAUGGUGUAUUUAUGGUGAUGUGUAAGUUUUACUCCACAUAGAGCUUUGAAUGUAGGCCUUUAAGUUUAAUUUUGGCCUUAUUGGAGCAAAGCAUCUUCAUGUUUCUCUGACCCGUGAAGCCUUUGCUGAACAGCUGUGCAAGAUGAGAUAAAUUUUGCUCUGGAUGUUUUAUUUAGGGCUAAGGGAGUAAAUACAAAUGCACACCAACAUUUUAGACUUCAAUUUGAAAAAUAAAAUAUAAAUAAAGAUGUUUUCUGUUCCAUUUCACAAUUACUGGGUAGGUUGUGUUUUGUCCAUCCCCAAAUAAAAUACAUUGAAGUUUCUGGAUAUAAUGUGACAAAAUAUGAAGAAGUUUAAGGGGUGUGAAUACUUUUUCAAGGUUCUGUAGCUAAUGUCAUAAUUUAUGUCUAGAAUAAUAUUUUACAGUGAAAGAGAGAAAACUGUUUGAAGUAGAGUUCUGAUUUCAGGUUGAUGUUUUCUUGGUAAUACUUGAAAAGAUAAUUUCUUAAAUGGGAGUUUACAAUGGUUUUCCAGAUCCAUAAUCGUGUUGUUUUUUAGAUACAUGAUCAAAUAUUUAAUAAUCCAGUAAAAAAACCUACAAACUGCGAUGACUAAAAAAUGUGACCUGUCUUUAAAAUAAAAUAGCGUUCACAUGCAGCCUAUUAAAGUGAGGAAUAAAGUAACUGUUGCAGAUUAUAUUUGCCUUUUAACAUUGAGAUUAAAAGUGCUAAUGUUGUCUUGUACUGCUUGAAAGCCAUUCAUUGUUAAAUUUGAAACUGUAAUAAAGUUUAAUUUUGAACAAAAGCCUGAGUGUGUUUGACCAGCAGGUGGCAGUAGAGUCACUAUUAAAGGAAGAAAAAAAAUAAUACCCAUACAUCUGAGAAAAGAUAAGAACUCUCCUGCACAUAAUGCUCAAAUGUCCAUUUAGAUCCACAUUUAGCUUAUGAAGUUGCUUUAGCGGAGCUGCAUUAUUAAAUGAAGAGCAGCAGUCAAGAGCUGAGUGUGAGUUACUAGUGUCUGCUUACCAUCACCAGGCCAACGAAACCUACCAGCAACUGCUGAGGGGAAAACAGCAAACUGCUUUAUAACAUGACACAGUGAUCUCACCAAGAUCAGCUUGCUAACAGCAGCAACCAUCAGAGUGUUUCCUCCUGAAUAUAUUAAUGAUCUUGCAUCCAGAAAGCCACCUUUUGCAUAGGAAGGACCUCAGGUACAAUGAAAUUGUCUUACUUUAAUAAACAUUGACAAAGAAUUUCAGCAAAAAGUAUCUCUACCACAAAGCUGUUUCUUUAGCUUUUUAUAUGUUUGUUGAUUUAUAAAAUUGCACCUGAAAAAGUUUAUUAUGGUGGUAUUCAUUUCAUAGAUUAAAUCAACACUCUGAGCCAGUUAACCAUUGGAUCUUAAGUUCUUAUUUUCUAACUUUCUUUUUCUAGCAGUAAAAACUUGCUCAUGUUAAUUAGUAUCUUUUGAAGGGUGAUUAUGUAGAGACUGAAAAGAUUUUAAACUAUUACUUUUUAACUUCCUGCAGUGGGUUGCUGUGCUACUUGACUAAUGGUAGCAAGUGUGCAAACGUAACAAAUGGAGAUUAUGUUUUAGCUGCAUUAUAUUUAUUGUCCCACUCUGGUUGGGGGGGAAAAUCAAUUAAAAGGAACAAACAAUCA